AUGGUUUGGCUUAGACUAGCAGAGGUCUGGUUAACUGCAAGACUCCUCAAUUCCACGACUUUCCACAAGCUCGUCAAACGCGUUCACAAAAAGGUGCACGAGAUCAAGCUGGGUGAGAAGCUCGAAGACCCCUCUGAGAUGGGCGGCAAAAACAUCGAUACGCCGAAGCAUGAUACCCAGCGCUUCUUGCGAUAUUACAUGGAGGAGCUGAAGGACCAAUUUAGAGGCACGACGAAGAAAUAA